GAUCCAGUGGGACACCUUUAUCUCCAAUGUCUCACACGCAACCAUCCAGUGGGACACCUUUAUCUCCAAUGUCUCACACGCAACCAUCGAGUGAGACACCUUUAUCUCCAAUGUCUCAACAGCCUAAUUUGACACAUGAGGAGACAAUGAUUGAAUCAGCUGCAUCUCCAAAGUCUCAACAAAAUGAGGAUUACACGCAAUCAUCGAGUGAGACGCCUUUAUCUCCAAUGUCUCAACAGCCUAAUUUGACAAAUGAGGACACAAUGAAUGAAUCAGAUGAUGAAACUCCUGCCCUUGAUACUCAAGUAUUCUCUCCUAAUCUGACAAAAGAGAAAGAAACAGAAACGUCUACCGGUGAGAGGCCAUCCAAUCCUAAUCAAGAUGGAAAACCAGAUGAUGAGAUUGUGAUUGAGUCACCUGCUGCUCAGACUCAAGUUUUGCAAAAAGAAACACUGGAAAUGAAUGAGACACCUUCUUCUCCAAUAUCUCCAAAGAGUAUUGAGGCUCAAGUUUUUACUCCAAUUCAGAAACAGCAGACGGUAACAGAGGAAACGUAUGAGGCUACACAGCCAUUGACUGAGAUCAUUUCAGCAAACAAUAAAAAGGAGGAUACACAUGCUGUGCAUUACAGACCUUCCUCUCCAUUGUCUUCACUAAUUGCACUAGUUAUUGAAGAAAAUAAGAAUGCUUUGAGUGAGACAGAAACUGCGACCCAAUAUUUUUCUACAAGUGAAGGAGAGCAUUCACAAUCAAGCAGAAAGAAUCAAGAAGAAGAAUAUCUCAAGGAUACUACAGAAGCUACUACUGAGCUAGUUUCCACAGAUGUUUCGAAGACACAGCCUCUUACUCCGCAAACACAGCACCUUCAGACAAGUGAGGGAGAUCAAUCCGAUGAGACACCAUCAGAGCAGAAUCAAGCAGAAGAAAAUCUCAAGGAUACUACAGAACCUACUACUGAGCUAGUUUCCACAUAUGUUUCGAAGAUGCCGCCUAUUACUCAGCAAACAGAGCAUCUUCAGACAAGUGCUAUAGAUUUUUCAGAAAAAAACGAGGUUGAAGUAAGCAGGCUUCUAGCUCACUUUCAAAUAGGCGCAGAGGUUGAGAUUUUGUCUACUGAUGACGAAAUAUGGUAUCCAGGAAAGGUUGUUGAUCUUAAACUGUGUGAAGGACUAGAGGAGCUGACAGUUGAGUACACGACACUCUUCACAGACCAACAUAGACUUCAGAAACUUCAGGAUACUAUCACGGCUGACAAAAUACGUCCUGCAACACCAACUAGUGACCAAAAAUCCUUUGAGAUGAUGGAUAAGGUAGAAGCCUUCUACAACAAUGGCUGGAGCAGCGGACAAAUUAGCAUGGUACUUGGUGAUAACACAUACUCGGUGUGUCUCUAUACUUCUAUGGAAACUAUUCUAUUCAAACAUUCAGAUUUGCGAAUUCAUAGAGAAUGGAAAGAUGGAGUCUGGAAGAUGGCAGAUAAGGUGAAGCCUGAUAAGAAAAGGAAAGCUGCUGCCUCAUCACAAAAUUCAGGAAUGGAUAAUGUUUUCCUAAGAAGGAGCGAGAGGGUGCCUAAACGAUCUAGAGACACAAAAACUCCAUUCAAGUCUGACAGAAAUCCGGCUUUAACUGUAAUACCUGAGAUUAUACCUGCAGUUGAUCCGUUUUCAACUCCUGCGGAACAUAAGCUUUCAAGGCUUCAAAAUUGGAUGACAUUAAAGCCCGGCAUGCAUGAAACGUCCCUAUCAAUCAAUGAUAAUAAGAUAAGGAAAUCUUUCUUUCAAAGCAUGGAAAAUGCAAAAAAGGACCUUAAGAAAGAGCACAUUGAUGGAGCCUUUGCAAUGCUAAAUUGCAGAAGAAAUGAGAAUGCUGCUUGGUUCCACAACUACAAGAUUCCAAAGGCGUGCUUCCUACCUAUGGAGUUCUUGCAUUGCUUGCUCUCUGAUGAUUUGGCUUACAAGAAAGAAAAGGUCAAAGGUAAAAAGAUUUUCAACGAUUUAUUUAAAGAUAUUGUGAGAGGGAAGGUAUAUCCAGAGAAGACAUGGGGAGAAGAUGUUGAUGUUGUGUAUGGGAUUACUCUUGGAAAAAAAAGCAAUGUCUGGAUUGGGAUGGAAAUUCAUUUGAAGAAGAAAAGAAUCACAGUAUAUGAUUGUUUUCAAAAGGAAAGCAACAGCAUUGAUAUUCCUCAAGUGAAAAAGUUGGCAGUGUUGAUUUCUAAUCUGCUGGUGGAAUCUUCUGGUGAUGAGGUAGAUAAGGUGAAGAUGAUUCCAUUUGAGAUUGAGCAGGCACAAGGUUUACCCAAGACAAAAACAUCCUUUCAACUGUGGGAUAUUUCUUGUCAAGAUUCUGGAGUGCCAGUCAUUGAAGAUAGGAGACAUGACAAAGAUUAAUGAUGACAAUGCAUUGGAGCUAAGGAGAACCUUGUCUUGUGAGAUCUUCAACCAAUUUGUGGAUGAGAGUUGGGAAAUGAGAAUGAUGCAUGAAAACAUUUUUUGUUUUAGUUAAGACUCGGUUUUAGUUAUGACUGUUUAUUUUGUUAUGUUGUUGGCGUCUGGUUACAUAAGAAAGAUUGGAAAGGAUAUCAAGUAUUUUAUUUGGGUAUCAUAUAUCUUGGAAGGUUAAAAUAAUGUUUCUGGAUGGGUUUCCAGAAAAAAAGUUAAGUGUUUCAAAUGUAAAAAAGAAUGAAAUGAGAUUAUAUACUAAGGAUUGGACAUGUAUAUGGUAAGCUUAAAAUUGUGAUGUUUACAGACAACAAAAAUUUAGAACCACAAAGGAUCGAACCCAGAGGGAGAGAGUCUGCGUAUUUGGAUAGUGUGGGAGUUUAGCCAAUAGGCCAA